UUUGUUUUAACAUUACAUAUCACUUCUUUUCCAAAUGGAGAAUCUACUCAUUACUUCGUCAUUAAGUCUUCUUCAGUUGAAGUUCUGCAUAGCCAUCUUGAUUCCUGUGGAUUCUUACGCUGCAUCAAAUUGUUUGUUGCCCAUUCCCUCACGUUGCCAUGCUGCUUGAAGCAUUUCUUGUGGCAUAAUCACAAGAAAUAGAGUUAGUGGAUAUGACAAGUUUUUAGCCAUUUGUCCUUUUCUGCGGAAGUUUGAAUUUCUUCCACCAGUUGCUUGUUGGACAGCCGCAGUCUAAUUAUGGCUGUUGAUGCUAUUUUACGUACGUGGAAGAAUAUUGGAAAGUUACUCCUCUUUGUGUUCUUCAAAGAUACAAGGAAUGUUCUCAAGAAAGAUGAACUGGGAAUAGAAAUCGCACACAUCGCACUUCCAGCAACGCUUGCUUUGAUGGCAGACCCUAUUGCUUCUCUAAUAGACACAGCAUUCAUUGGCCGUAUAGGUUCUGUGGAGCUUGCUGCUGUAGGAGUUUCAGUUGCACUUUUUAAUCAAGUAUCAAGGAUUACCAUGUUCCCACUAGUCAGUAUUACUACUUCUUUUGUUGCUCGGGAAGAUGCCACCAGCAGAUCAAGUGCUGAAGCAGAGCAAGAUGAAAUUCUUGAAAGGGGUCCUGUUGUUGACCAUGAAAUGGAAGAGCUUAUGCCUCUUGUUGCCUGCAGUAACACAAAAAUAGCCGAGUCCAAGAAUGAGAGAAGGCAUAUACCAUCGGCAUCUUCAGCUCUGGUUAUUGGUAGCAUGCUUGGGAUCAUUCAGACUUUCUUCCUCAUUUUUGCUGCUAAACCUCUCUUAAGUUACAUGGGUGUAAAUUCUCAGGAAUCUCCUAUGCUCAAGCCAGCACAACAAUACUUGACAAUAAGAUCAACUGGUGCUCCAGCUCUUCUUCUCUCUUUAGCUGUGCAAGGGGUUUUUCGAGGCUUAAAGGAUACCAGAACUCCUUUAUAUGCUAUCAUUGUAGGAGAUUCAGCGAAUGUUCUUAUGGACCCAAUAUUCAUAUUCACAUUUGGUCUGGGCGUCAAAGGUGCAGCCAUUGCUCAUGUCCUUUCUCAGUAUUUAAUUGUUCUCAUCCUCUUUUGGAGAUUAGUUGACAAAGUUGAUUUGUUACCUCCAAGUUUUAAAGAACUACAAUUUGGUCAAUUUCUUAAAAAUGGAUUUCUGCUAUUGGUGAAGGUAAUUGCUGUGACAUUGUGUGUGACCGUUGCAGCAUCACUAUCUGCUAGGCAGGGACCAACAACAAUGGCUGCAUUUCAGAUUUGCUUGCAGAUUUGGCUGGCAGCCUCUUUGCUUGCUGAUGGAUUGGCUGUUGCAGGACAGGCAAUUCUUGCAAGUGCAUUUGCAAAGAAGGAUUAUGAGAAGAUUAUAGCCACUGCUUCCCGUGUGCUUCAGAUUGGUAUUCUUUUGGGGCUUCUGCUAUCAUUCAUUCUGGUAGUUGGUUUACAAAUUGCUUCCAGACUAUUCACAAAGGACAUUGCUGUUUUGAAACUUAUAAGCCUUGGCAUUCCAUUCAUUGCAGCAACCCAACCCAUCAAUGCAUUAGCCUUUGUUUUUGAUGGAGUGAACUAUGGAGCUUCUGAUUUUGCAUACUCUGCCUACUCCAUGGUUUUGGUUGCAGUUAUGAGCAUCUUUUGCUUAUUCAUACUAUCCUCCAGUCAUGGCUAUGUUGGCAUCUGGGUUGCUUUAACAAUCUUUAUGAGUUUGCGUGUGAUCGCUGGUCUUUUAAGGAUAGGUACUGGCAUGGGGCCUUGGAGCUUUCUCAGCGGCUGAUAGCUGCAAACAUAUCACUUACCUUGAGUUUCUUUUCUCUUGGACCCUGCACUUUGAUAUUGCUGAUGAUGAUUUAUAUUUAAUGAUUAAAUCCAUUUUCCUUGUUUUGGCAAUAUAGUGAGAGGUAUUUCAGAUUCUUGUUGAUUAUUGAAUUUCUCCAUCUUUUCCUGUCUUCAUCCGCUUAUCAACCCAUCAUGUCAAGCCUUCUACCUGCAUUUGCUCAAUAUCCUUGUUCUUCACAGAUCCAGGGAUCUCUAAAAAAACCAACAUACAGAAUGAUAUUUGAUCUAUAUUCAUGAA